GGGUCCAUCGGCGAGAUGUACGCAUGCAUAUUACCCAGACUUCAGCCAUAUUAAUACCUGUACGGUAAGGGUUUGAGGUACAGUCUUUCUUACCUAUCUUACCUGCUGUCGUCUCUUUUUCCAUCCAAAACAUCUUUUUCGCCUUGAAUCCACCCUUUGAAUCAACGAAUUUGGGAUUUUAUAACUGCAUGAACAUCGGAUCCCUUAUCUGCGCAACCAAUUCUAACAGUAUUUGCUGUUUUAUUCUCACUUGAAAGCGGGACUGUCUCUUGAAUAUAGCAGGCAAAGGUCAAUUGACUACCAGAUACCGUAUUUUCACAGAGCUCUUUAGGUGUUCAUUUGACAACUGGAAAUACUUUUACUACAUUGUUAUCAAAAUGCCAAUUCCAUUGGCUUUAGCAGCUCCAGCAGCUUUGGCUGGGUUAGCAUACGCCAAUGCGAAACUUUCCUUGAGCUACGAUUAUCAAUUAUUGGGUGCUGCAUUAAAAGCAUAUUCCUUCACUAGCAAAAGAGAAAAAGAUGAUCGUCUCAAUAUGUUUUAUAUACUCGAAGAGCAUGCGAAAGGAAACUUCGCAAACGAUACAUUCAUCAUAUUCGAAGGCAAGAAAUGGACAUUCAAGGAGACGUACGAUAUAGUUUUGAAGUAUGGAACAUGGCUGAAGAAUACCCAUAAUGUCAAGCCGGAGGAAAUUGUUGCUAUGGAUUUCACCAAUUCAGAUAAUUAUUUCUUUCUAUGGUUUGGAUUAUGGAGUAUAGGUGCCAAACCAGCCUUCAUUAAUUACAACUUGACGGGCAAAGCAUUAGCCCAUUGUGUCAAAGUCUCCACUGCAAGGUUAUGUAUCGUGGAUCCAAUGGUCGAAGAGAAGUUGACGCAGGAAGUUCGGGAUGAACUUCCGGAUAUCUCUUUCCAAAUUCUCACUUCCGAUGUAGAAGCUGCUAUCAUUUCCACUGAAGGCAUUCGAGAGUCGGAUUCUACUAGAUCUAAGCAAACAAAAUCAAUGAUCGGAAUGUUGAUAUACACCAGUGGUACUACAGGUUUACCUAAACCUGCAGUCCUUGCUUGGGGGAAGGCAAACUUUGGCUCGACUAUCAUGCCAAAAUGGAGUGGAUACGGACGACCUGAUGUCUUGUAUACUUGUAUGCCUAUGUACCAUUCUGCUGCUAGUGUUCUUGCUGUCUUAGCAGCUCUGAACAUGGGUGCAACGAUAUGUAUCGGCAGAAAGUUUUCCACAAAAACAUUCUGGAAGGAAGUUCGAGAAUCAAACGCGAAUGUUAUUCAAUAUGUCGGGGAGGUCUGUCGCUACCUCUUAUCUGCACCUCCUCAACAUGAUCCGGUGACGGGCGAGAACAUAGACAAGAAAAAUAACGUUAGAAUGGCGUUUGGUAAUGGCUUAAGACCUGAUGUAUGGAACAAAUUUAAGGAACGAUUUGACAUCAAAACUAUCGCCGAAUUUUACUCCGCUACUGAGGGUGCAGGAGCUGGCUGGAAUUAUUCUAAUAACGAAUUUAGCAGGGGCGCAGUAGGACGUAACGGGUUCAUUUACUGGCUUGUAUUGAGGAAAGGAUGGGCUGUGGUCGAAUUGGACGUUGAAACGGAACAACCUUAUCGAUCGAAAAGUACCGGAUUUUGCACCAAAGUACCAUAUGGAGCCCCAGGAGAAAUGUUGUAUAAGCUUGAUCCCGCCGAUAUAAAUUCAGGGUAUCAAGGAUAUUUCAACAACCAAAGCGCCUCCGAUAGUAAAGUGUUACGAGACGUUUUCGAAAAGGGCGAUGCAUGGUUUCGAACAGGCGAUAUUAUGACAUGGGAAAAUGGUGAAAAUGUCUACUUCAAUGAUCGAAUCGGUGACACGUUUCGUUGGAAAUCAGAAAAUGUAUCAACAAAUGAAGUCGCAGAAGCGCUGUCUACUCAUCCGGCCAUCCAGGAAGCAAAUGUCUAUGGAGUUUCCCUGCCCCAUCAUGAUGGUCGAGUAGGAUGUGCGGCUGUUAUCCUAAAAGAUCACACUCCGAAUGUUAUGAAGGAUUUGGCGGUCCAUGCGAAAAAGUCACUACCGAGUUAUGCGGUACCAGUGUUUUUGAGAGUCAAAAAAGAGGGAGAGGAGAUGGAAAUUACGGGGACGGUGAAGAUGGUUAAACAUGUGAUUCGGAAACAGGGGGUGGAUCCAAAUGCAAUAGACGAGAGCGGCGAUCAGAUGUGGUGGUUGAGAGGGGAUGAAUAUGUGAAGUUUGGUGAAAAGGAGUGGAAUGAAUUGAAUGGGGGAAAGGUUAAACUUUAGGAGUUUUUGGUUUGAAUUUUGAGUUUCGAAUCUUUGACUGCGUAUAGGCAUUUGAGCGAUGGGGUGGAGUUGGAUCAAUGGGAAUGCAUUUGGCGUUCGGUAUUAAAUCGGCAUCGGCUGUUUCUAUUGCACUAUCUAAGCCAGAAGAGCAAGAAAUAUUAAUGACAACAAUUUUCACUUGAUUUUCACAGAUAAUACUGAAUCUCGACAUCACA